GUCAGCCUGCGAAGACAGAGAUGGUCUGGGUGCGAGAGUUGAAGGAGGAGAACGGCGAGUACAAGCUGGUGGGCAAUGCCCUGCCAAUCAAGCCUGUGCCGGAGAACAUCGGCUUCCUGAAGAAGGUCAUCAAGGAGGAGAACCCAAGUCGUGUCCAGUGCGAUGCUGUUCAGAUGCGGAUUUUCCACCUCACCGAAGGCACGUGGCAGGAGGAGAAGAAGAUGAGCGCUGCAUUGCGCCCUUCCACGGAAGAGACGCCUUACGGCUAUCUUGUACCAUAG